AUGCUUGCUCAGUUCCUCCUCGCUGCUGCGCUUGCGCCAGCUGCACUGGCCGGACCUCUCAAGUCUCGCCAGACUGCGUCAUAUGACGGAAACCCUCUUGCCGAUAGGCAGCUGUUCCCUAACCCGUAUUACGCCGACGAAAUCAAGAACUUGGCCAUUCCCAAGAUGAGCGGUGAUCUCGCUGCUAAGGUCGCCAAGGUCGCUGAGGUCCCUUCUUUCGCAUGGCUGGACACCCGGGCGAAGAUCAGCCUGAUGAACAGCACUCUGGCCGAGAUCCGCAAGCUCAACCAAGCUGGCGCGAACCCGCCGUACGCUGGCACUUACGUGGUCUACAACUUCCCUGACCGCGACUGCUCUGCCAAAGCAUCUGCUGGAGAACUGUUGAUCGCCGAAGACGGUAUCAACAAGUACAAGAAGGAGUACAUCGACCCCAUCGCCGCUCUUGCCAAAGAGUACUCGGACACCCGCAUCGUAUUUGUUUAUGAACCCGAUGGGCUUGCCAACAUGAUCACCAACAUGGGUGUACAGAAGUGCUCGCAGGCAGCGGACACGUACAAGGAGGCGACAGACUACGCCUUCAAGACCCUCAACCUCGACAACGUUGCCAUCUACGUCGAUGCCGGCCACGCCGGCUGGCUUGGCUGGGAAGCCAACCUCAAGCCUACCGCAACGCUCUAUGCCGAGGUAUACAAGAAGGCCGGUUCACCCAAGGCCGUCCGCGGCGUCGUCACCAACGUCUCCAACUUUAACGGAUGGAAGCUGGACACCGCCCCGGCCUACACGACCCCCAACAACAACUUCGACGAGAGCAAGUUUCACGCGGCGCUGACGCCUCUCCUCAAGGAGGCCGGAUACCCCGCCAACUACCUCGUCGACCAAGGACGCAGCGGCAAGCAGCCCACGGGACAGCAGAUCUGGGGUGACUGGUGCAACGUCAAGGACACCGGUUUCGGAACCCGCCCGACCGUCAAGACCGGCAUCGACACUCUGGAUGCCAUUGUCUGGGUCAAGCCUGGUGGCGAGAGUGACGGUACCAGCAACUCUUCGGCUACGCGUUACGAUGAGAAGUGCAGCUCUGGUUCUUCUUUCAUCCCUGCCCCGGAGGCAGGCACUUGGUUCCAGGAGUACUUUGAGAUGCUGAUCAAGAAUGCCAACCCUGCCUUCUAA